AUGCGGUGGCGGCUGCCAGGCGCCCGGUCGACCCUCCCCGCCAGUGUCGCCCUUCUCCUCCUCCCAUCGCUGGUCGCUCCGCAGCAGCAUCCAGAUGAUUCCACCCGAGUCUCGGUGCCCCUAGCACCCGAAUCCAUCCACAAUGCCCAUGUGGCCACACCACCCAUCGUGAAACCCAUCGAUGCGAGCGCCCUUGCUACUCUGGCUCUGGCAGGCUCCGGCCGUGCCGUUCGAGCCCCUCCUGUCCAGGCCAGCACCAAUGCUGGUCUGGCUUCGCAGCUUCACGCGCGGUCCUUGCAGGACUGGGAGGUUGAGGAUUUUGUCCUGCUGGCGACCGUCGACGGAACCAUUCACGCCCGAGAUCGCAAAACCGGCGCCGCUCGCUGGGCCCUCGAGGUCCCCAGCAGCCCGGUUGUCGAAAGUACCUACCACCGCGCGAAUCGUUCCAGUUUUGAUGACACCGAGCCCGAAGAUGAUUUCCUGUGGAUCGUCGAGCCCAGCCAGGAUGGCAGCUUGUACGUCUACAGCCCCGGUCCGGACUCUGGACUGCAGAAGCUGGGCUUGACUGUUAAACAACUGGUGGAUGAAACUCCUUACUCGGGCACUGACCCCGCGGUGACCUACACGGCGAGGAAAGAGACCACUCUUUACACCAUUGACGCUCGGACAGGCAGUAUUUUGCGCGUGUUCAGCUCGCAUGGUCCGAUCACUACAGGUCCUGAAUGUCGCAAGGUAGAUGGCGAAGACCUGGACCCCGAGCAGUGCGAGACAACCUCCGGAACCUUGGUGCUUGGUCGAGUGGAGUACGCGGUCGCCAUCCAAAACACCGAAACGGGGGACCCGAUUUGCACACUGAAGUAUUCGGAAUGGGCACCCAAUAAUCGCGACAUAGAUCUUCAGAGUCAAUACUACCGAACGAUGGACGAAAGCCACAUUUACAGCAUGCAUGAUGGCGUCGUGCUCGGAUUCGACCACUCCCGCAUGGACCGGCCUCGUUACACCCAGCGAUUCACAUCCCCCGUCGCCCGAGUCUUCGACGUCGUGCGUCCUACCCACAAGGAUGCCCCAGAUGCCUCCACCCCGCUUGUUCUGCUGUCCCAGCCCCUUCAGCCCCCAGACCCGGAUUACGGAUCUCUUGGCGACGAGCGCGAUAAACGUGUGUACAUUGACUGCACCGACGCUGGUGGAUGGUACGCCUUUUCAGAAGAGACAUACCCACUCACAACAGGCCGGGCACCAAUGGCCCAAUGCUACGAGAAGGAUUUCCUCCGCCGUGGACAAGCCUUGAUGAGCCUUACUCCAGUUCAGCAAAGGAACGCGCUCGCGGGUGUCCAUUCGCUCACUCGGCCUCGAAUCAUUCGAUCGCCCAUCGCUAGGAUUGCGGGUUCUUCGACCUCCGAGCUCUCCAACGAUACCCCUCGGGAUCUUCUCCGCAGCCCCUCUGAACUGGCCCUGCCUCCUGCCCUGCGAAACAGCGCUAUCAUCCGCAAGAGCUGGGAUAAUGCAUUAGACAUUGUUGUGACGUUGAUUCUACUGUUCAUAUGCACAUUCAUCUACUUCAACUCGCAUCACCUUCGAGACUUGGCCAAGCAGAAGCUUGAUAUCAAGAACAUCAUCAAUUCCAACGACAAGCCAUCCCUGUCUGCCCCCUCCACCCCUGUUGUUGGCGGUGCUUCUAGCCUCAAACGCUCUACUUCAAACCAGCAAGUCCCAAAUGUCACCGUGGACAUCGAUCUGAACGAGUCGAUGCCAGAAGGCGAGUCAACCCCUCGCGCCUCCCAAGAGCAGCUCUCAGCGCCAAACUCCACCCCGCGGGUCCAAAUUCGCGAACCAUCCCGCGGUCCCGACGAUGAAGAGGGUGACGAGCCCGGGAAGCCAAAGAAGAAGCCACGCGCUCGUGGAUCGCGAGGCGGCAAGUCUCACCGUCGCCGCAAGAAGCCUGGCAGCGAAGGUGACAGUCCCGACGCGGAGCAGAUCGUUGAGCAGGUCGCCAACAUGGCUCCGCAGCCCCGACUCGAACCCGAUGUCCAGAUGGUGCGAACGGUGUCGAAUGAAAUCCAGGAACUGGAUGGCGUCGUUCGCAUCGGCAGACUGCAAGUGUUCACCAAUACCGUUCUGGGACAUGGAAGCCAUGGAACCGUUGUCUACCAAGGCUCUUUCGAUGGCAGAGACGUGGCGGUCAAGCGCAUGCUGAUGGAGUUCUAUGACAUUGCAUCCCACGAGGUUGGUCUUUUGCAAGAGAGCGACGACCACCACAAUGUCAUCCGGUACUUCUGCCGAGAGCAAGCCACUGGUUUCUUGUACAUUGGCCUUGAACUCUGUCCAGCCUCUUUGCAAGACGUCAUCGAGCGACCUAGGAGUUACCCCGAGUUAGUCCAGAGCGGGUUGGACCUGCCAGAUGUUCUGCGUCAGAUCACACAGGGCGUCCGCUACUUGCACUCUCUGAAAAUCGUGCAUCGUGAUCUCAAGCCGCAGAAUAUCCUGGUUGCCAUGCCUCGUGGUCGAUCAAUCUCCAAAUCUCUCCGACUUCUCAUCUCGGACUUUGGCUUGUGUAAAAAGCUGGACGACAACCAAAGCUCGUUCCGCGCCACUACCGCCCAUGCCGCUGGCACUUCAGGCUGGCGAGCCCCCGAGCUCCUCGUCGACGAUGAUGGCCCCAUGUCACUGGCAUCUCAGCAUACCGAAACCUCGGAACCUGCUGUCGUUGAUCCGCAGACCAACCGCCGUGCCACUCGAGCCAUCGACAUCUUCUCCCUGGGGUGCGUCUUCUACUAUGUCUUGACCUAUGGCAGUCAUCCUUUUGACAAGAACGGCAAGUUCAUGCGCGAGGCCAACAUUGUGAAGGGGCACUUUGAUCUCCAAGAGCUGAACACGCUCGGAGACUACGCCUUUGAAGCCAAGGAUCUCAUCCGCUCCAUGCUCUCCCUCAAUCCCCGGCAGCGACCUGACGCCAGUGCUGUCCUGAUGCAUCCGUUCUUCUGGACCCCGUCAGACCGGCUCAACUUCCUCUGUGACGUGUCUGACCACUUCGAGUUCGAGUGCCGGGACCCUCCAUCCGACGCCCUGCUCUGUCUCGAGUCAGUGGCGCGGGAAGUCAUGGGCCCGGAGAUGGACUUCCUGCGCGUUUUAUCGCGGGAAUUUAAAGACAGUCUCGGGAAACAGCGCAAGUACACUGGAUCGCGCAUGCUGGACCUCCUCCGUGCUCUUCGCAACAAGCGCAAUCAUUACAAUGAUAUGCCGGAGACCCUGAAGGCCAGUAUUGGCGGAUUGCCAGAAGGAUACUUGAUGUUCUGGGCUGUCAAGUUCCCCAGCUUGUUGAUGAGCUGUCAUGAGGUGAUCCUUGAGCUGGGACUGACCCGGAUUGAUCGGUUCCAGAGGUAUUUUGUUCCGCAGGAAUAG